CGGGUUUAGCUUGCAGAAAAAUCGAAGAUAUGACAUGUCGGGUUCAAAACGACAUUAUUUGUGAAUGUUGCAGUAAUAAUUACAUUUGAUAUGGGCAAUUGCCUAACACGAUGUUGCAGUAUAUGCGAUAAACGACGCAAGUAUCUUCGAACACACUACAAUGUUGAAAGAGACUUUUCAAUCGAGUUUGAAAAUCUCAUGGAUGAUGAUGCUCAUGAGGAUAUGAACAGACCCUUGACGGACAAUGAGAGGCAUUUGUUGUCUGCAAAACGCUAUGAUGCCAUAGUGCAUGAGCAAAGGAAAAUAGACGCUGAAAUUGAUGCGAAGCUCGCUCAACAAGAGGAGGAGAUUGAGAGAGAAGAAGAAUCGUAUUAUGAAGCGAAGCGUGAGGCGGCCCGAGUGUCGAGGAUGCAGAGAGCGAAGGAGAAGGCAGCGAAGAAGAAUGCCGUCAUUAACGGACCCAAGUCCUGGCUCGGUGACGACGAAGAGUGGGAAGUGGCAGGAGGUGAAGAUGAUUUUGAGAUCUUUCUAGCCAGUGUGAAAGCUCGGUCUCAAGCUGCCCGGGCACAGAUAUUAGGACGACAGGGUUCUGGUGACGGUCAAAGUUCGUCGAGCAGUACCCCGUACCACAAAGACCGGUCCAUGACCGAGGCUUCCUCCAUCGACCUCGAGUGGGAGCACGAAGCAGGUGUUGUACCUCAAUUAAAACCACUCUCGUCGACAGAAGAUAACAUUUCUGGGCUGACGAGUUCUGAUUCCAUAAAAAAUAGUCCUCAGAAUUCCAAUGACCUUGAGUGGGACAAUGACUUUAUUAAUGCCGACGACUUAGAAAAAGAACAGUUAUUAUCACAACCAAUAGUGAACCGGUGAUGCUGUCAGUGUGUUAGUGGUGUUUCAAAACAGUACAACCUAAUUUAAUUUUUAUCAGUGUCUGUUGUUUCUUGCUUUCUACCAGGAAUAUGCAUCUUCUUCUUUCUUUUUUAUGAUACAACCUUCUCUAGAGUAUUAUUUUCAAAUUUUAAAUUCCAAAAAGGAUGGAGAGGCACCUUUAAUAGUAAGACUUAUAUAAUUUUAAGAUAUUCAGGUAAACCCACUAAAGCAUUAAAGUAACAUAUCUUAUUUUUUACACACUAAAUAUUUUUAACACACUAAGGCAUAAUUGUCAUUAUUUGAGCGUUUUUUUUUUUUUUAAUUGGUCAUUACUUAGAUUUUAUUGUUUAGAUUAUCCGUUUCUUUACAUUUGAAGUGUUUUUGGGCACACAUUUCCGAAGCUAUUAUAGCACUACAAAAUAGUAAAAACAUCAUAGGUUGUGAUGUCACUACACCACAUGCAAUAGUGACGUCACAGCUUAUGAUAGUUUUAUGAUUUCGUAGGCUAAAAUUGCUUCAAAAAUAUGGGUCCUAGUCAUCCUAAUGUUUCUAAUACCACAAAAUGCAUUUCUCUUAUUUUUAAAAAUGCCCAUACAUGUACCUCUGAGAAGUAACGGUUAUGGAGACGAGCUCUAGUCUGGUUUUAAGAGUAUUUCCCCCACUUCAACAUCACAGACUCUUGUUUCACUUUGUUGUAACUAUAUUGCAAAUAUGUUAUAGGCCUAUACAUGUAGAUUAACCAAACGUAGUGUCCAUUUCCAUGGGUUGAAACUAGGGUGUGCGACUUUAAAAGGGGACAAAAACUAAUUCUCUCCAUCAUCCAUGCCUUCAGACCCUUGUGAUUAAUGUGUAACCUCCAUUACAGGUUCAGCAGCUAAUAUUGAGUUUCAAGUUUAAUUUUCAAGUCAAAUAUUUUCGUAAUUAAUUUCAGACUGUUACUAAUCUUUAUCAGUUUAUUAGACAGGUACAUUGUUUUCUAUUUCUAAAUGAAACCAAAGUAUACCGUUUCCAGCAUCACUUCUGAUUACCAUUUGGCAUACUCUACGAUUUGCAGUUUAUCUUCUGAUCAAUUUCUCAUUUUGUUUUGAAUUUAUCAUAUUACCACAGCAUGAAUGCUACAAUUUUUAACAAAAGAAUCAUAUGCAUCAUUGUUUGGGUUUCUCUCAAUAGCUUCAUUAAUCUUUCUGUUAUUGAUUUUUAAUGUUGGCAUUUCACAAAAAGUUUCGAAUUGCAACACUAUACAAAAAAGAACAAUAGCUGCCAUGUUUUACUGCAGAGCAUUCAUAAUUCUCAAGUUGCCCAUUUUGGAUUUUUAAUUAUUAAAUAUUGAUCAUCAGUUUGAAUCUUGGAUAUCAAGAUACCUGCCAGUAUUCAGAACAUUCCUGUGUUACAUGUUUGUAUUUAUGCCUUCAAUACUAAAUGUUUCUCUCAUUCCUAACCAGUGCACCACAACUGGUCAAAGGCCGUGGUACGUGCUUUCCUGUCUGUGGAAAAAUGCAUAUAAAAGAUCCCUUUGCUGCAUUAGGAAAAAUGGGUUUCUUCUGAUGGCUACACAUCAGAAUUGCCAAAUGUCUGACAUCCAAUAGCUGAUGAUUAAUUAAAACAUUUCAUUACUGAAUGAUGUAAGAACAUUUGUUCCAUCUUUUUCAGUUUCUGUCAAAGUGAUCUAGCAGCCACUACGUUUUAAAGCUGUAAUCAUGAUUAGGUUGUUAAAACAUACAUGUACAUGUAUAUAAAUCUCUAAUUUCUACUAUAUUUUAAUAUUUAAGCAUUUAGAAUAGAUUAUAUACUUUGCAUUUUUUCCCAAUUGACACGUCAUUCUUCAGUUAUUGAUUCCGCUUUCAAUUGUAGUGGGGAGGGGUGGGUGGUGGCAUAUUUUGGCCAUCUCAGCUUAAAGUGACAGACCCUGGUUUUUAAACACAAAGGCAUAUUUUUUACUAUUAUAGCCAUCUUUGAUAACUGAAAUCAUUGUUUAGAUUAUCAAUUUCCGUACAUCCGACGUGUUUCUAGUCAUCCUGGUGUUUUUAAUAUCACAAAAUGCAUUUCUCAUAUUUUAAAAAUCACGUGCAUCUUCAGAAGUAACAUUUAUGUAGUCAAAUUUUUAGUCUUAUUUUUAAGGGUAUUUAUUUUACCGUUUCAACAUCACAGACUCUUGUUUCACUCUGUUGUAACUUUAUCGAGAUGUGUUGCAGCUUUGUAGAUUAACUCAACUUAGUGUCAGUUUUUACGGGUUGAAACUAGGGUAUGUGACUUUAACAGUUUUGAGGACAGUGCCCCACCCCAUCCCCCACCUCAUCCCCCACAUCUGAUGCCUCUAAGUAUCUCUUAACUGAAUUGCUCAAAACAUGUGGGCAUCAGACUGAAUACUGGUCUAGUUUUUAGAUUAUUUUAACAGGUCUUGAUAGUAAAAGUUUUUGUCUUCGUUAUAGAUAGUUUAUUUGUUACGUUUGGAAUUUACUGAUUACAUAUUUUACUAAUAUGUUGGUCAUGACAUAUCCAUUUCUGUGUUAUAAUUUAUAUCAUAAUAUAGUUUUAGACUGGAUACACCAAACAUCAACAAAUGUACCUCUCCCCUGUUAAAAUAAUAAAUAUUAUGUUAAAGUUAAGGCUAUGAAAUGAUGUGAAACAAAAACAUAUUUGCAAUUUAGUACUAGAUUUAUAUAGAUAGAAAGAGAUUAGCAACAAAGGAUAAGUUUUGAAACUGGGAUAUUAAAAACAAAAAACUCUUCUUAAUUAUAAUAAACGUAUAAUACUGACCAUUAUGUAUUAUCUAAAUAUUUUAUUUAUUUAUUAUUAUUAUUAUAAUUAUGUCUUUAACUGUCCUGUUUUCAGACUGUUGGAAAACAACAGAUUACUAUGGAAUAUUAAAAACAAAAAAAUAUUUUUAAUUGUAAUAAAAUUAUAAUAUUAAACUACUUUCAUCUAAAUAUUUAAAUUUAUAUUAUUAUUUUUUUGUUUGUUUUAUUAUGGCCGUAACUGUCCUGUUGUAAAAUUGCUGGGAAAUGACAGAUUAUUUUUAUUUAAAUGUGACAAUUUUCAGGUGUAAAAUUAGGUAAAGGGGAGCUAAUUUUAUCUGGACAUGAUUCCCUUGAGUAAGAUUUGUGUCCCUUUUGAGUAAACUGUGCUUUCUAAACUCCAUUAAAUCAUGAGGCAUAAUAAUAUUACCAUAACAAAAAAUAUUUCUGGAAUACAAUUAACGACAACAAACCAAAGGGUUUUUUUUUAAAAUAUUCUAAAAUAAGUGGUAAAUAGAGUUAGUUAUUGAAUUUUUUUUCCAAAUAGUUCAAAACAAACUAUUUACUAAAAAAGAUUCCAAAUUCCAAAACAUGAGACAAAUCCAGUUAUUGUAUACAAUUUCAAAAACGGUUUUAAAAAAUGUUAAUUGAGCAGAAUUCCAAAAUAACAUGCAACAAAGUUAGUUAUUGGCCAAGAUUUAAACAUAGUUCACAACAACAUUAAUUAUUGGAUGAAAUUCCAAAACAUCUUAAAACAAACAUUACAAACAUUGUAAAACAAAGCUACAUGUAGUUAUUAGAAAAGAUUCCAAAACAGCAUAAUACAAAAAUUAGUUACUGGAUAUGAUUCCAAAAUACUACAGUGUACCUUGGGUUGUGAUCAGAGUGUUUUUAAUUGCAAUAUGUACGUACCUUUAUAUUUGUAUGUAUGUUUGUUUGGUGUGAGGAAUUCUGUGUUAAUUGCUGUAUGUACUAUGUAUGUAUGUAUGAAAUGUUUACCAUCACAUGGCUUGUCAUUAAAGUUGACUGGCAGUAUUAAAUUUUUAUAUUACUAUGAACCCUGUUUAAAAUAUUUCUUUGUUAAAUUUUUCCUAAUUAGUAAACAAAAUCCUUAUUUAGGUUUUUAUUUUAGUACAUGUAAUAAUGAUCAUGUAUGUUCAAAAGCAUUUUGGAUUUAAUAUUACUAUAAACCCUGUUUCAAAUA